AUACGGUGUAUUGCGCGCCCCCACGUUUGUCGUAUCGUACCGUACGUCGUAUGAUACGUAUCGUAUCUACAGUUUGUAUUGUAGUAUGAUACCAUACACUAGCCGAUAGAGAAUACAAGUACGAUUGUAACAGUUUCUGCCGCGCCCGUUUUUUCGGAGCCGCGAAGACUUCCCUGCUCCCCGGAAGGCGUCCGUCAUUGCCGUUGUUUGUGUUUCCGUCGGUGAGAAGAAGACAUGUCAAGCAACACCGAUCCACCAAAGGCCCACCCAGAAACCGAAACCACCGAGGGACGCACAGCACGGCACAGCACAGACUGUUCCACCCACCCAAUCCAAUCCAAUCCCAGCCCCGUUCUCCCACCGCACACAACGCAACACAACGCAACGCCACAACAUACCAUGCCGUACUACCCCCAGAGCCAGGAGCGGUCCUCGAUCGGGGUCCUGGCGAGCCUCGCGGACCGCCAGGCCAAGAAACUCAAGGCCAACCUCGAGGAGGCCGAGUCCAUGUCGUCCGGGAUCGCCCUCCGGAUCGCCCGGGGGCAGAGGUUCGAGGAGCUCCUGGGGGCGGAGACCACCGAGGCCCUCCGCGAGGAGCUCUUGAAGUCCGCCAAGGAAAACAUUGCGGUGGAGCGGAACAUCCGGGCCUAUUCCGACGCCACCCGGGUGGUCUGCGGAAGGGCCACCGAGGCCAUGAACCAGAGCGCUUCCGGAACGGACACCGGCGGCGAAAGCAACAGCAACCCCAAGCCGCACCGCUUCCAGCAGGAAACGGCCGCCGAGUACCGGAGGGCCUCGGAGGCCAUCGCCGCGGGCUCCGGUCCAAUCGCCGGGGAGCCGGCCUACGCCAAGCUCUGCCGGCUGCUGGGGGAGGAGGAAAGCGGGGACGAGGAGCUGGCCGUCGUCGGCGACCACGGGAUCGGCCUCUCGGACAUUCGCUGCCCCCUCACGCUGGCCCCCAUGGAGGUCCCCUUCCGGUCCUCGGUCUGCGGGCACGUCUUCGAGAAGGCGGCCAUCCUCCAGCUCCUGAAGAAGAGCCGCAAGUGCCCCAAGCCCGGCUGCAACAACGUUUCCAUGUCGGCUUCCGAGUUUGCCGAGGACCCCGACACGGCCCGGAAGGUCCGGCGCUACAAGAAGAGGGAGGAGGCCACCCAGCGGGUCCGGGCCCGGGCGGCCAUCGACAUGGACGACGACGACGACGAGGAGCUGCAGCUGUAGCUGUAGCUGCAUCGGUGGCACCCGAAAGGGAGCCCGGGGCUUUGGGGACGGGCCGGCGGGCACCGUUCGGCCACCGAGUUUGCACGGGACGAGACGAGACGAGACGAGACGAGACGAACCAAGACAGGGGAUUUAUCGCAUCGCAUCGAAUCGAAUCGCACCGAAUAAAAUCGAAUCGAAUCGCACCGGAAUGUCACCGCCGCGGCGGUGGCAGGAGAUGGUUUCGCCGGCGUGCUUUCUUCUUGGCAGCUGCCGGGGGAACGAACCAAAGGACAGGCUUGUCGGGCGGCGGGAUCCCGGGCGAUGGUAUUUUUUCUAUCGGUGGGAAGUCAGUGCUCUGGCACGGGCACGGGUACGUACUCGCUUGGCGCUGCUAUGGGCUCUGCAAUGGGCUUGCGGGGGCGUGGCUGCCACACGCGAUUCGCAAACAGUCUCUCAAAGGGAAUCCAUUCCGGGUAAAACAAAAGACUCAUUAGAACUAGGAAAUAUAUGUACGAAUAGAAUUGCAUUGCAUUC